UUAGGUUGCCUCGUGCAGCACUUUUCCCCAGAGAGCAGAUAAGACACCUGUCGAACAUUGCUGCUUCCAUUUGCUGUCUACAGCUACUAGAGCUCACAACCCCUGUCUGCGUCUACACAGCAUGGACAUCAAACUCUUUUUCCUUGGAUUAUGUGCCCUUUUCUGCAUCUUCAGACCUCUCUCGGCACAAUCUACAUGCAAGCUGAAGGCCAAGUUCAACCUGGGCGGCUAUAAGGACGUAGAAAAGAAGACGGUCGUGGUUGGGGGAAUGUUUCCUGUUCACAAGCGCGUUGCUUCCAACAAGGGCAACACUUCGAGUGUGCCUCUCUCCUCAGGCUGUGUGGGGUUUAACUUUCGUACCUUCCGCUGGGCACAGACCAUGUUGUUUGCCAUCAAGGAAAUUAAUGCAAGGCAGGACUUGCUUCCCAAAACUGACCUGGGUUACGUCAUCUACGACUCCUGCUUCACCAUCUCCAAGGCUGUGGAGGGCACCCUGACCUACCUGACAGGCCAAGACGAAGCUGUACCCAACUACCGCUGCGGCGAUGGGGCACCGCUGGCUGCUCUAGUGGGAGCCGGGGGCUCGGAUCUGUCCAUCGCGACUGCCAGGAUCCUGGGACUUUAUCAUUUUCCGCAGGUCAGUUAUUGUUCGACAUGCUCUGCUCUGAAAAGUAAGUUCCAGUUCCCCACCUUCUUAAGGACCAUUCCCAAUGACGAGCACCAGUCUACAGCUAUGGCCAAGAUGGUGCUACACUUUGGUUGGACUUGGGUGGGCACCAUAGCUGCUGAUGAUGAUUAUGGCAAAUACGGCAUCAAAGACUUCAAGGACCAGGUUGAGCAAGCUGGCGUCUGCAUCUCCUUCUCUGAGACCUUGCCCAAGGUGCAUUCCCCAGAGGCCAUCCACCGCAUUGUUCAAACUGUAAUUGACUCCACAGCCAAGAUCAUUGUGGUCUUUUCAUCUGACGUGGACCUCAGUCCUCUCAUCAACGAGCUGCUCCGCAACAAUGUGACCAACCGUACCUGGAUCGCCAGCGAGGCCUGGAUUACCUCUGCUCUCAUCAGCCAGCCGCCGGGGGUGAGCUCAGUCCUUGCCGGCACCCUGGGCUUUGGGGUGAAGAGGGCUGACAUCCCCGGUCUUCAGCAUCAUCUACUGAAUCUGGACCCCUAUGCAGACUUGCUCACUGAGGAAUUCUGGGAGACGCUGUUUAACUGCACGUUGGACUACAGCAAAGCUCUGAGAAUGGCAAAACAGAGGGCCACGUACGUGAACGGCACACUGUCCAGGACAGUGACAGGAUUGCCUGAUGGGCUGUGUACUGGGCAGGAGUCUGUGGCACAACUCAACAACACGUACUCUGACGUCUCUCAGUUACGAAUCACUUACAGUGUGUACAAAGCUGUGUAUGCUGUGGCCCACGCCUUGCACAACCUGGAGCACUGUGAACCUGGAAAAGGGCCGUUUGUCGGGAAAACCUGUGCUGACAUCAACAACUUUGAGCCGUGGCAGUUGAUGUAUUACGUGAAGAACGUGCGUUUCAAAAUGCCAAACACAGGGGAGGAGAUCUUCUUUAACGACGGAGAUGUAGAAGGCUUCUAUGACAUCAUCAACUGGCAGGUCAAUCAUAAUGGGGAGAUAUCUUAUGUCACUGUGGGGAACUACAAUGGCUCUGCAGCUCCAGGGGACAGGAUGACCAUAAUGAACGACUCCAUUGUGUGGAACAAUGACAUGUUGGAGCCUCCUCGGUCAGUGUGCAGUGAGAACUGUCAGCCGGGCACCAGGAAGGGGAUCCGACAGGGAGAGCCGGUCUGCUGCUUUGACUGCAUUCCCUGUGCUGACGGAGAGAUCAGCAACACAACUGAUGCCCGUGAAUGCAUCCUGUGCACUGGCGAUUUCUGGUCCAAUGCGGCUCAUGAUGCCUGUGUACCAAAACUAAUUGAGUUCCUGGCCUUUGGAGAACCACUGGGAAUUACUCUUAUUGCCAUUUCUGCCUUUGGAGCUUUAGUCACCAUCGCUGUCGGGGUAUUGUUUAUUAUGCACAUUGGCACCCCUCUGGUGAAAGCCAACGAUACACUGUUGAGUUUUUCACUGCUCUUCUCUCUUGUGGUGACCUUCCUCUGCUCCAUCGUCUUCCUCGGAGAGCCACAGCACUGGAGCUGCAUGACCAGUCAAGUAGCCUUGGCUCUAGGAUUCGCCCUCUGCCUUUCCUCCAUAAUUGGUAAAGCAGCAGUAUUGAUGCUGAGAGCCCAGGUGCUGAAAGCUGCCCGAGCCCGAGCAAAAGCUGCUGCCAAAGCUGCAAAAGCUGCUGCAAGAGCAGCCGCUGAAGCAGCGGCGAAUGAUGGCAGUCCUGAUGUCAUCGUAACCAACACACUCCACAAUGACACCAGUGCCCCUGCUAUCCCCGAGGUCGACCGUCUCACCUGUGCUCACCAGAGGGCAAUAGCUGCUGUAGCUACAUUAAUACAGGCUAUAGCGUGCACAGUGUGGCUCAUCAUCCUACCUCCACACCCGGUCAAGAACACCUCUGGUCAGAAUACAAAGAUCAUUCUCGAGUGCGAUGAAGGCUCUGUGAUUUUCAUCUGUUGCAUCUUUGCUUAUGACAUCCUGCUGGCUCUGCUGGCCUUCAUCUUUGCCUUCAUAGCUCGCAAACUGGAGGACUACGUCAGUGAGGCAAAAUGUCUUACCUUCGGCAUGCUGGUCUUCUUCAUCGUGUGGAUCUCUUUUGUCCCGGCUUACCUCAGCACCCGUGGCAAGUUCAUGGUUGCCGUUCAGAUUUUUGCCAUCCUGGCUUCCAGCUUUGGCCUGCUGACCUGCAUCUUCUUGCCCAAGUGCUACAUCCUUUUGAUUAAACCUGAUCGUAAUAAGGAGGAGCUAAUGAAGCCCCGACCCAAACCUAAAGAUGGAACCUCAACUGGGACGUCAGCGUCUCUCGCUACGACUGCAACUGAGGCUACAAUUGCAACCACUGCUAUCGAUGACUAGUGGCGAAGUAAUAACUAAAAUUAGCCACAAAUGUAAAAAUAAUGUAGAUAGAAGUUGUGCCACUGAAAGCUGGUGCUUUUAAUUAGGCUUUCUAGUCGUGUUGAUCACAUCGUCAUGCUUGGUCUAUAAUUAAUGGGCAAAAUAUUUUAUUCUGAAAAAGAUAUAUAUAUUUCUUUUGGAUCCACAAGUAUUCAUGCAAAAUUGUGUCCAUCUCUAAAUACCUAAAUAGACUGAAUGUGUGUACCAAAAACAGAUAUAUUUGUAGAUAUAAUAGCAAGAUCAGGCUGUUAAUGUAAAACCUCUUUUCAAACACUGUCCAUUUCUUUAAAAAAAAAAUUGCAUACACUUAGCUUCCUGUAAAAAACACAAAAAUGUAUGUAUAGUGCACCUCUGUUGGAUAAUUUUAUUACUUAAUAAUAUAAUAAAUGUUAUUAUCAUUACAAUUAUCAUUAUGUCAUUAUCAUUCACUAAAAUAUACAUUUUUCUCCUUAAAGAAAAACAUUAUUAUUAUUUUUGUAGAUUUUUAUAUAUUAUGCUAGAUAACUUUAAUAAAAAGUGGAUCUGAUGCCUUGGAGUUGGCCUCCUGUGUUGUCUUCCAUAGUACAAAUGAGUUUGUAAUGAAUGUUAUUGGCGCA